GGAGGGACCUCGUGUUUCAAUCCGGAAGCCUUUUAGAGAAGGACACUGCUUUGCGCCGGUAAAGAAAAAUGUCGGAGUACUUACAGCUGGUACGGAGGGCGCUGGAACAGAUCCGGGCUCACGGUGGGCUGCGGGGCUCCAUGUGGCAGUUGUUCAGGGUGAAUGAUCUGAAAACUGGUACUCUUGUUGGUGUUGACCGGUAUGGCAACAAAUAUUACGAAGAUAAGCGUUACUUCUUUGCUCGUCAUCGAUGGGUGGAUUAUACAAGCGAAAUGAAUGGAAAACGAACAUACUGGGAGGUAGAUGGAAGUAUGGUCCCCCCUGAAUGGCAUCGCUGGCUUCAUUGCAUUGCAGAAGAGCCUCCAACUACUCAUCCUCCUGUUGCGCAUAAAUUUGUCUGGCAGAACCAUAAAUUCAACGUCAGCGGCAGCCCAGAGCAAUAUGUUCCUUAUUCUACCACUCGGAAGAAGAUUGAGGAGUGGGUUCCACCUCAACCAAAAUAAAAAAACAUGCCGGCUUUCAGUAAUCACACUGUACCAACAAUAUAUAAAUAUAUUUAAUAAAAAUUGUUUGCCAAACUGAA